GUAACCGAGCUACAAAAAAGCAGCUCCAAGUGUAAAACCACAGUAUUUUGUCAAAUACUUUUACUGUUAAAAUAGGUUACUGCAACUCUUCCUACAGAAGAGUCAACUGCAGCUAGCAACGUAUGUUCGCUGCCACCUGCAAAGACAGAAUAAUUUUUGGUUGCUGGGGGCUGUGGGGCUGCCCGACGCUCAUUGCAGCACGUGGCGUGACUGGAGGGGGUACAGGAGAGGGUCUCAUUUGGAAAACCAGGAAACUGCCUCAGAAACGAGGAAUGCCCCCCCUGGGACCUCCCACGGUCUCCAGACAGGUUCAGUGGCUGCUCUACCCUGACGGCUAGUUUUUGUGCAGCUCCUUCUCUCUGGGCUCCCCAGGAUGCCCAGCCAGGGGUGGUCCUUCCCCGUCCUUUGCUCCGUGCUCAGAUGAAGCUGGGGUGACGUUUCCUCCUUGGAGAGACCCGAGCCCUUUCCCUAUUUCCCAUUCCCCUGACAAUUCACCCCCCCGACUGGGCUGCAGCCUCUGGCAGGAGACCGGAGCACCGGCCGGGUACGCUGCCCAGGGCAGCUGCCCUCGCUGAUGCCAGGACACCGGCCCCUCCGUCUCCCCACCGCACAGCAGCAGGAGAAACUUUUUUUUUCCGCGGGAGCCCGCUCAAGCCGGCUGCUCGGAGAGGUUGGGCUGCCUCCAUCCCCGGCGGUUCCCACGCCCGGAGAGGAUACAGCCCUGGGCACCCCGCUCGGACCCUGCUCGCCGCGGUGUGUGUGUGUGUGUGUGUGCGUGGGGACAGGGCUCGGACCGGGCACCUCCGCUCCCCGCCCCAGCCCCGGCAGCCCCGCGGCCGGCCGCCCCCCUCCUCUCCCGUGGCGCCUCGCCCGUUCCCCGCCGAGCUCCGCGCCGCAGGUGUAUUACUCCUGUGGUGCAGUGGUGGAAUCGAUGGAAAGAGGCCUGAUUUUAUCACCAGGUUUUCCAAACAACUACUACGCAGGGACACACUGCGUUUGGCAAUUUUUCAUCCCCAUGAGAACCCAUCUUAUCUUGGAAAUUUUUGACUUUGACAUUUUUGAGAGCUCUAGUGAAACUCCAGCCCCCUGGGAUGGCUUUUCAGCCCCUACUAAAACAGGAGAUAAGGACAUGCCUUCUCUUGAGGAAAACCUGGACUUGGCUCUCCGUACUACAAACCCCUCUCUCCAGACCUGGAUGUCAAAGGUGGCUCAGAAUCUGAGCAGCACAAGAGAUCAGUCGAAGGACCUUGCUAGUCACCUGGAUGAACUUCCAGGAACCGCCUCAAAAAAAGAGGAAGCCAAACAAGCAUCUGAAGAAAACCAGUCGAAGCAGAUGAAGGAACCCAAAGCGAUUACCAAGGCUCAAACAGAAGAGCUGCCAUUCCCUGCGGCUGGCAGUGCCACAACGCAGAGGCAAAAUACCAGCGGCCUGGAAACAGAAGAAGAUUCGAAAGGGAAAAUCUUGCUUGCCCACCUAGCUGCUAGUGGGAGAGAUGAAGUUACAGUAGAGAGCUGGACUCUUCCCACAACAGUAUUGCCCGUGGAAGUCUCCUCUAGCCCACAGCCAGCAGUGGAUGUCUGUCCCCAUGAUGUACUAUAUGUUUCUGAUCUCAUCACAUUUUCCUCUCGCUUCUGUGGACCAAAUUCACCUUUAAACAAGACCUUGGUCUUUGGUUCGUCUCUGGAAAUGGUUGAGGUUAUCAUGGAACUGAUCACCACCACAGACCGGGGCCGAGGCUUUGCAAUGCUCUUUGAAUACAAGAACAUCACCGAACCUACCACUGUAGAUGCUGUGAGGCAGGAGAGAACGGAAAACAUGAUGAUGCUGGCAAUUAUAACAGGGAUUGUCUUUUUUGCACUUGCUUUGCUCUCUGCCCUCUGCAUAGCUUGCAGGCAGAGAACGUGCCCCAAAAGGAGCUCAUCCAACGCAUGCAGUGACCAGGAGAACGGGAUCCAGAACUCCGCCGUCGAUAUCAAUGAGCUCCAGCUGGUGGUGCCAAGUCGGCAGAAUGAAAACAACAACCACUCUGUCAGCCGGGAGCAGGCGGUCACUUCCUGCAGAGGCAGCACAGAACGGUCUCCUCAGGACACUGACCCAGAUGUGCCCUCCUCCAUAUCCGCAGUGACCACUGAGACUGGGAGCGAUGAGGUGUUUAUUAUUUCUGCUGGACCUGGGGCCAGUGGGCUGAGCUUUACCACCUACAGAAUACAGGACAAAAACCUAAAAAGAAGUGUCACGAGCCCAGCCUCUGUGUCUGACUGGCUGACUUCUAAUCACACAGCCGCCGGAGCGGACGCUGUUGAGAAGGGGAACGUCCAGCUGGAAAAUCACUGUCCCAGACAACGCACGUGGAGUGCCCGCACUUUCCACGACUUCCUGGCUCCAAUACCACAGCUACAGAAAAAAUGGUGUAGCUGGACCACCAACAGUCCCUUCACAAAGCUGGUUGACAACAGUACUUUUCCGACAGCUGCAAGAUCCCAAGGCGUGCCAACCAGAAAGGUAAUCUCAGCCACUGAGAUAGAGGGAGCAUCAGGGACUGUUUACUCUGAUUCGUCUGCCAGUAACGCCUCAUACCCCCUCACUCUGUCUGCACAAAGGCAGCGGAAGCUAAGCUCCUGCAAUUUGAAGAAAUCCAGGUUUGGUAACCCUUAUUUUGGAUUUUUAGCCAGUUCCCCUGACAGCAAACAGGUGAGGUCCUUGGAUCCCUCAAGACACCUAGGGGCAGCAUCUCCAGUUAACAGCCAAAGCCCCAAAAAUCUACUAGAGAGCUCCAACCCACUGAAAAUCAACUUGGUCAAUGGUUCGAAAACAAAGGAGCUUAUGGUAGAAACAGAUAAAAACAAACCGGUUUUUGUUAUUUCUGAAGAAGGGGAUGAUCAGCAGCCUCUGGUCCUAGCAGAACAUCUUAGUCAAUGUGGAGAUCAUCUGUCAGAGCAAAAUGCUGUGUAUGCUGCAGCUGUGCCAGAUAAACAGCCGGUGGUUCUGACUGUUGAGGGGAACAGUUCUGCCAGCUUCACGUCAAAUCUUCCCCUUUGGGCAAAAUCCCCUAGUUUAUACAAAGGUCACGUGAAGGCCCCUGGCUCUUCCAGGGACCAGCAGAGCUUGUCAGUCGGAGAUGCUAAUACUACUGAGAUCUCACAGAACUGUGAUACCCUAGCUGCUCCUACGCUAUGCCAGGCUUCAGUCCAGUGAUGCCCUCCGAAAGACUGAAACAUCAGUUCUCAAAAACAGAGACGACAGGGGCGUGAUCAGAGUGGAAGCUGUGCCAAGUAGUUGAGCGUGGCAGUCAUAGAUGGAUGCAGCUUUGUUAAGAGCGGUCUCUGCUUCGCACCCGUUGGGAUUGAGCUUACGAGGAUACCUACCAUAGCACAGCAUAAAUGCCGUCUUCCCUUAUGCUCGCUAACCUCAGCUCUGCUCUGCUGCAUGAGAGUUUGAUGUGGUUUAUGCAAGAAAGCAUCCUCUGAAAAGGUACUUCAGACUGCAGAAAACUUUUUCUGGAAUGAGAAACGGAAGUCAUCUGAGACGGUUACAUCGUGGUUUAUAUCUGAAAUGUAAAUCAGUACUCUGUCACUGUGGUAUCACUUGAGUCUUUCUGUUGGGAGCUAUGAGUUAUAUUCUGUUUAUAGCUACGCCUGUGCAAUCCAAGCCUUGCCAAGCCAAGGGUAAGAAUUCAAUCGUGCAUGUUUGCGUACAGUUUUGUAAACUUAAUGGUAAGCAUUUCAUAACUGCUGCAUUCUAGCACAAAGUUUACCAAGCAUUAGCAUCUCUAAUAUUAAAGACCACGAUUAUCUCAUAUCCUAACUCUUUAGAGAAGUGUACAGACAAGCUGAGCAACCCGAUACUUGAUGGUAGUUCUAUAAAAGUCUGAUGUAGCUUUAUCUUUGUUAGAUCUACAUAGGCUUAAAACACCUCAGUCCACUACAUUUUUAAGUGACUCCUCAUGGCAACAGGAGCAUGUGUACAAAAACACUGAAAUACUAGGAAUAGUCUUCAGCAUCCAACACUUGGAUAUUUGCAGCUGCUCUGAUCCUAUGUCCACCAGCUAUUUAUUGCUGGUAACGCACAUUGACUAGACAACUAUUUCCCCUCCUUUAGCAGGCAAGACUUAAAAGACAAAAUUAAGUGGGGCAAACUUUUGAGGGCUCACUUUCUUUAGAAAUGAACUACUAAGUGGCUGUGCCUCCCUGAUUACAAAUCCAGGGCAUUCAGUGGAGCACUGAACCAAAGGGAAGCCUGCUAGUCCUAUUGCCUUUAAUAACCCCAUCAGUAUUUUAAUUGCCUCCUGGUGAUAUUUUCCUAUCUUUGCAAGAGACUCCUGCAAGUUCAGCCCAUAACUUAGAAUUAUUUUGCUUUCUUAAAUGAAAGAAAUUCCCUAUGAAGCUGUAUUUUGCAGCUGACACAGCACAUUGUUUUAAAGCAAUAGUAUGUCAUAAAACAGGUGUCGGAAAGAAAUCUUCUGUACAAGUCUUCCCCUGUAUUAGCUACAGUGUGCAUCGAGUUAUCUUAAUCCUUCUGUGUGAAGGCAUUGAAGUCUGAUUCCUGAAAUAUUUAACUGAAUUAUUUAUGAUUUCACCUGCUACUACAGCUUCCAUUUGCCACCUAUUAACGUCUGAGAUAUGCAACACAAGAUGAUUGUAGGUUUUCCCUUAUAUUUUGUGUGUGUGUUUACGUGUCAACGUAGACAUAGAAGCCUUGCAUCUGGUAGCAGUGGAAGCAAAAACGUAUAUGCCCUUUAGCAGUUGACUCAAAGAUGAACAGCAAACAAGUCUCUGCAAUUGUUAUUACCAGACUGUGUUGAGUAGUUCUGAAGCACAGAAGUCUGGCUCCAAGUUGGUUUUUUUUUUUUGUUGUUGGGGGUUUUUCUUGUGUGUUUUUUUUUUUUUUAAUUAACGCUACAUGAUUCAAAGGGAAGAGUUAAUAUAUUUAAGAAAAUAUUUAGAAGUCUUCAGCACUCUAAUAAUAAAUUCCACUGCAUUAAAUUCAUGUACAUUGUAAUUCAGAGUCAAUGUUCUGUUACUUAUUACAUUUCUAAAGAUUGAAGUACUAAAAUCUACUUUUGAAAAGUAUUUGUGUUCAGUUAUUGACAAUAGCUACAUUUGAAGGGCUGGAAAAAGUGGCUUUUUCAAUAAAAGCGUGUUUAACUAUUCAUUUCUACAAUGUAAUGACACUUAUUUUGUUUAUUUUGCUGAAAGACUAAGUUGCAUGGGCAUUGCCUUAGAGCACCAGCACGUCACGUGGCGUACACCAGUACAGCAACCUCCCUAGCAGUUGCUGUAAUGGGAAGAGCGCAAAAGCUGCUGCAUCCUUCAGUCAGCAGACACCCAAGGAUUAGAUCCUGUUUGAUUUCUCCUCAGUAACCUAGCGAGAUAAUGAGGUGGUUGUUUACACUGACUUCCUCUACUACCUGUCUGUGUAACCGAAAAACAGAUUUUUCUAAACCUGCGAAGACUGCUGCCAGAGGCUAGUUUCUGUGGGAGUUUGGAUUUCCUUUCCUAUACUGGUUAUCUUAACGCUGUGUACCUCUUCCAUCACUGCCUGCUCUAGCAGUACAGAGCCAGUUAGACACGAGGCACUAAAUCAGGUAUCAUAUAUUCAUCAUGGACUAUAGAAAUAGGUAUUUGGAGAGAGGCCCUCCUCUGGAAUAAUAUGCAAUACUGAACAAUGCUGCUUAUUCUCAGAACAGAUGUGGCUGACAGCAAACUAUUCAAAGGUGAUGUCUUCUGCCACUAGAAGAUGCUGAAGCCUAAUGCCUAACUGGGGCAUGCUGCAGGUACACAAAGACCUUCCCCUCGCUCUUGGUCAGCCCCGAAGAGCCAGGACUACAACAUAUGGGAGACCUACCUUAAGUUCCCGUCUUGCCUUUUGAAGUUCCUAAUUUAUUUUUUUUUUAGGCAGAUCACUAAAAUUAAGUGCUAAAGAGAUAUUUGUGUUUUAUUUUGUACCUUCAAAGAAUUUAUAAAAUAUUUUCUUCCUCUUACAGCUAAAGGAACUGUUUUGAACUUAUCCUCUUCCCCCCCUCGAGGAACAGAAACAGCUUCCACCCAUACUCUUCAAAAAAGUCAUAGCGCAAAUUUAAGAAAUUCUGAAAGCUCCGGGUGGAAUAAAGUGCUCUAAUACUCUCAGCUGUAAAUAUUGGCUAGGAUUAGUUUUUAAAUAGUAUUACUUAUGGCAUUUAUUUUGUUCCUAAUAGCUAUAUUACUUCUGAGAGCUAUGCUGCCACUUUUUAAUGACAGAAACCUUAACAACUCAUGCAUGGGCUCAGGAUUCAGUUUCACCUUUGUGGUAAUGCAGUCAGUUUACUGUGCUAUUCUGCAUACUGUAACUAAGCAGCAAAUGGGAUAAGCAUGCUAAACACUUGCUGAAGAGGAGGAAAAUAAUUUCAAUCACAAUUGCUUGGGAAAAAAAUGUCCAAAAAUGUUACGGAGCUAACAAACAGAAGGAGUAUUCUUUUCAGUAAAACUGGAUUUGAAUAAUGCUAACUUUUUAAAAAAAUAAUUAUUCUGGAAUAUACUAGGCAAUCCCUCUAGCCAAUGUGUUAGGUAGAUUGAACAGUACAAAAAUAUGUGGGCUUUCCCUAUUUUUUCAUUGUUGAAACAGAGCUUCAAAAUAAAAGCUUGAAGCUA